AUGUCCUCAUUGGAGGCCCCGGCCCGGCCGUAUGUCCGGUUUUUGGAGCUGUCGAAUUUCAAAUCCUGGCGCGGGAGGCACUUUGUCGGGCCCUUCAGCGCCUACACAUGCAUUGUCGGCCCCAAUGGGUCUGGCAAGUCCAAUUUGAUGGAUGCCCUAAGCUUUGUCCUCGGGGUUGGUACUGACGGCCAGGAGCUCCGUGGUGGCUCCGACGGGGCGGAGCUGGUCACCCGGCCGUCCAUGCUGGCCGACCCGCUGUCCGGGGUGAGCCAGGAGUCGGCCCCGGACCGGGGCUAUGUGGCGUUGGGGUUCUGCUCGCCUGACGAUGUGGUCGCCGGGCCGCGGCGCAUGUACUUCCUCUUCCGCAUGGUCCGCCUGCGGCCCGCUGGUGGCGUGGCCAUCACCCACCACUUCGGCGUCGGAUCGACCCAGGUUGACUGGGACGCAUUGCUGUCCAGCGGCGGCAUGGACUCGGCGGGGACCCUUCCACCGGCAGCCGGCGACAUGACUCCCGGCACGCCGGCUGCCCGAUCGCUGGUGGCCUGGUCUCAGGCCCUGCCGCCGGGGCAGUAUCUGGCCCUGCUGCGGCGCUUCCGGCUGGACCUCGCCCAGCGCGGGGGAGCGGUCUUCCAAGGGCGCGUGCAUGAGAUCGCGCGGGGCCCGGCCGGCGGGCCGAGUCGGGGCCCGGAGCAUGCGGUCACCGAGAUGAUCGAGCGGGCGGCCGGCACCGCGGGCCUGGUCGCCAACGGGUAUGCCCAGACCCGGAGUGCCAUGGGGCAGGCGGAAAAGCGUCUCCGCCGGGGGCGCAUGCAUGCCAGCCUGGCCGAGGAGAACCUCAAGCGCGCGGCCUCGCAGGCGGCCAUGCGCGAGCGUCGGGCUCACAUUCAAGUCCGCCUCUUGGCGGCCGACAUUCACCGAGCGGCCGGGGCCGUGGCCGAGGCUCAGGCCGCGGCCGAGGUCCGCCGGGGGCAGCUCCGCGCGGCCGAGCAGGACUUGGCCGCCGCACAGGCCCGGUCUUCGGAGGCCGGUCGCCGGCGGGCCGACCUGGCCCGGCGCCGGGCCGCCCUCGAUCGGCGCCGUGCCGAGGCCGCGGGCGCCGUCCAGCGGGCGGAGCGCGACCUGGCCGCCGGCCGCGAGCGCGGUCGAGCGGCUCUGGCCCAAGUCCAGGAACUCCGCCAAGCUCUGGCCAAGGCCGUGGCCGAUGCCGAGGCCCAGGCGCGCGCGGUGCAGUCCGUCCGCGAGCAGGUUCGCUUUGUGGAUGGCCAGGUGGCCGAGCUCGAACGCGCCGCCCAGCAGACCACCUCCCCGGUGGACGCCCUGCCCCCCCCCCUGCGGGCCGAGUAUGAUCGCCGGAAGGCCCAGCAGGCUGACGCCUGUCGGGAGCUGGCCGCCGAGCUGGCCCGCGCCGAGGCGGACCUGGCGGUACUGGAGCGCGCGGAGCGCCCUUUUGCAGGGCGCCUACGCGAGGCCGAGGGGGUGGCCCGAGCCGCGGACGCGGCCGCGCACGCCGCACGCGAUCGGGCCCACGGCGCCGAGGCGGCCCUUCAGCAGCUGACCGCCGCCGAGCGCGAGUUCGAGGACCUCACCCGGACCGAGGCCGCUCUGGAAGCCGAGGUCAAGGUCAUCGCGGAGAAGCUGGCUGCGGUGGCCGAGCAGGCGCAGGAUCGAGACCAGCGAACCCGGCUGGCCGAGACCAUUAGUCGGCUACGGACGAUGUACCCUCCGGCAGAUGCCCACGCCCAGGCGUCCUACCGGCUGGCGUCGGCUCAGUCGACCCGGCCGAGAGAAUCCGGCCCCGACGGCCCUCCGGGCACCUCGGCCGGGGGCGGCUGCGUUUAUGGGCCUCUGCGGGAGCUGGUCGUGGCUCGAGAACGCUACGGGCCGGCCCUGCGGGCAGUCCUCGGCCCGCUGGCCGAGGGCAUUGUCGUCGAUACGACCGACAUCGCCAGCCGGUGCAUGGACUUCCUGCGCGAGCGCCGCGCCGGGGCGGCCACCUUCCUGCCGCUUGACCGGCUUCACGAGCAGGUCACCCCCGAGUACCGGGCCCAGCUGCUGGAGCGCCUGAAGGCCACGCAGAUGCGCCGCGAGGUCAUCCUCUCCGAGUGCUUUGAGGCUCUGUCCGACCUCGCGGAGCAAGAAUCGACGGCUGGAGCCCCGGCCGGCGGUCCGGCCACCGAGGCCCGGCCCCUGCAAUUGAGCCUUUCAAAGCGAGCGCUGGCCGUGGCCCAGCACCGGGCGACGGACUUGCGCCUGACGGCCGACCGCCUGUCAGCCGAGGCGGCCCGGCACGCGCGACGCCUAGAGCGCCUGACGGCCGAGCACCAAACGGCCUUUGGUGCUCCACUAGCCGAGCUUUCUUUCUGCGCCGCCCCCUCCUGCCGGGCUGGUCCUGACUUCGGCCGCCGGACGUCCGGGCGAUGCUUCGAAGAAUUUUGCCGGCAGCUCGGCUUCGAAUCGGUCGGCGACCUGGACCGUGCGCAGGCCCUGGCCACGGCGCGGAGCGUCGACGCGCGGGCCUCCUUCGAGCGGGUCAAGGAGAACCUUGAGACCCUCCUGUCGGCCGAGGAGGCCGCCGCACAGCGGGCUCGCCAGGCGGCCGACGCUCUGCGCCAGGAGUAUCGUGCGGCCAAGGGCGCCGUUCGCGCCCAGCAGGAGGCCGUCGCGGAGGGGGGCUCCCUGCACCGGGCAAUCCUUCAGGCGACGGCCGAAAGCCGAGAGGCCGAUCGCGAGGCAGCCGACCUGGCGGCCGCCCUGGAGGCGGCCGACGCCCAGGCGACCGAAGCCGCUGCCGAGGCCCUGGCCCAAGACGCUCUGGCCUCGGUGACGAUCCUCAUGUCGGCAGCGGACUCCUCCCUGCGGCGGGCACGUCUCCAGCUGUACUCGCUGCUCCGCAAGUGUCGGCUGGAGAAUGUCGACAUCCCGCUCACCGAUCCGAGUCGCAUGGACUUCGACUCGUCACAGUUGAUCCCCGAUGACACGGUCCUCGAGGCGGCUUGUUCAGGACUGGAGGUCAGCCCUGCCCUCCAGCCAGACGAGGGGUUCUCGGCGGCCGCACUGCAGCGUGAGCUCCUGGACCUGGACCAGCGCAUCGAGCUCCGGACCCUGCGCGAAGAGGCCGAGACGGCCAGCGCCGAGUCGGCUCGCUUGCGAGCCGAAUUCGAGACCCACCGGCGGCGUUUUGACCGGUGGAAGAGCAUCCGGCAAUGUCUUUUCGGCGAGGCACUGCAGCGCGUGCUGGCACGUCUGUCGCCCACAUACCGAGCCCUGACCCAGGCCACCGUGGCUGGGGCCACGGCGCCGGAAGGGUCGGCCUUCCUCCAGGAGACCGCAGCCCAGCAGGCCGACGCCCGGCUGGUGGUCGAUAACCCGGACGAGCCGUAUCUCGGAGCCCUGCGCUAUGAGCUCCGGCCACCGGGGAAGGGUUACACCCCGGUGGCGUCGCUGUCCGGUGGGGAGAGGUCGCUCGCCGCGCUGGCCCUGCUCUUCUCCGUGCAAGCGGCUUCAUUGGCCCCGACGCCGGAGCUGCUUUCCACCGCCGAUGCCGACACCAUCGUCCAGAGCAUGGCACCUAUGGCGCCGGUCCCCCUGCCGGGGACGGUGGCCGAGCUGGAGGCCACCCUCCACCGGCUGGACCUCGCAUCCGAUACCGACCCGGGCACGGACCACGGCGAGACGGGUCUCCUGGCCCCGCUGCCCGGCGGACCGCUCUUCACCGUCAUGGAUGAGGUGGACGCGGCGUUGGAUGCGGCCAACGUGGCCAAGCUUACUCGCUUCCUGUAUUACCGGUCGCGGGAGUCGGUCUUGCCGGCUCCGGCCGCCCCAGUCGACCCGGCCGAGCCAGAGCCACCGACGCCGGCGCAGGCCCAGCAGGAUAGAGUCAAUUCUGUUGUGCGUGCGGCCGGCGGUCUCGUAGCCGAGGAUCUCCCCCAGCAAGUUGUGCAAAUUUCCCUCCGGCCACGGACCUAUGCCCGCGCGGACAGCCUGAUCGGGGUCUACUGGGAUCGGGAAUCACUCACCUCACGGAGCCUGGUGGUUGGCUUGCAUCAGCAGCCGCUGUUGCCAUGGACGGGCUCAGCGGCCAGCGUGUCUGGCCCGACACCUCCAGAGGCUGACGCCCCUCCCUUCGAGACCCCAGGGCGCUGA